AUGAGCCACAUCGAUCCUGGUUUGGAUGAGCCUGCGCAGGAGGCUGCGCAAGACGUGGAGCAGAAUGGAAAGAGCCAGGAGGAACAAAAACAGGCCGACGAGGAGGAGCAGACAUUUCUCGAUCCGAGCCGAUGGUGGUUCGCAUCUACAGCAUGUCCGUUAAUCGCUGGUACAUUUGGGCCCAUGGCAAACGCGUUCAGUGUAUGCGCUUUGGUCGAAAAGUGGAGAGUCUACAUACCAGCUGGCGCCGAUGAAGCGCAUGGGCUCAAGGUAGAGGAUCCCAAAUGGCUGAUAGCGGUAAAUUCGGUAUCUCUUGUCUUUGCCCUGGUUGCAAACCUAGCUCUUCUGCUAAACAUGGCUCGGCGGGUCUCUUUUGCAAUCGCGCAACCCAUAACAAUCAUCGGCUGGUAUCUGGCUUCCUUCCUGCUUAUCGUCUUGGUCUCUGUGGCAUCCAGCGGGUCAUUUCGAAUCCAGCCCAGGAAAGAGCAUGCGCUGUCUCAAGCCUACUACUACGGAAUCAUCGCGGCAUCUCUAUACUUCAUCAUCUCCACGCUCAUGAUCAUCACGGUAUACGGGGCCUACAAGGGUCAUUAUCCCAAGGAAUUCCGACUCACCCCGAGCCAACGGACCCUGAUGCUGCAGACCAUCAGCUUUAUGAUCUAUCUACUGCUUGGCGCACUUGUCUUCUCGAAGAUUGAGGGCUGGAAUUUCCUGGAUGGAGUCUACUGGGCGGACUUUACCUUGCUCACGGUGGGUAUAGGAGGCGAAUACGUGCCCACGACGCACACUGGGCGCUCAUUACUGUUCCCUUUUGCCAUCGGCGGUAUCGUAAUGGUCGGUCUCGUCGUUGGAUCUAUCCGUUCUCUUGUCUUGGAGAGAGGAAAAGAGAAGAUGUCUGCGCGAUUCACAGAACACCAGCGCGAGCGUGCUAUCUCAUCGGUCAAUUUUAAACAGGGCACCGUAAACCUCGGAAUAUUCCAUACGAUCCGCCUGCCAGGUGAAGCGGUUUCCGAGGUCGAGAGGCGAGAGCAGGAAUUUCAGAUCAUGAGAAAGGUACAAACCACGGCGGAGCACAAGAGGCGAUACACUGCGCUGGCAAUGUCGUCGAUCGCAGCUCUCACCCUGUGGUUCCUUGGCGCGGUGGUCUUCAUGGAGUCUGAGAAACCUCAAGGAUGGAGCUACUUCGUAUCUCUUUACUUCGCAUACACAUCCCUGCUUACUAUAGGGUAUGGCGACUAUACACUAUCAAGCAAUGCGGGGAAAGCCUUUUUCGUGUUUUGGAGUUUGCUUGCAGUGCCCACGCUCACAAUACUAAUCAGUAACAUGGGCGAUACGGUCAUCAAAUCCUUCAAGGAACUCACCUUCUGGCUUGGAUCAUUCACGUUGCUUCCGGAGAAGCCCGAUGCCAGGUCGAAUCAACAGCCUCGCUCGAGGCUAUCUGGGAUCACAGGGCGCCUCGCACCCCGGGAAGAGAAACGCCGUUCCACCAAAGAGACACAAGUUGACAGAAUAGCAAAACUCCUCGAGGCCGAUGAACUGGAGGAGGCAGCGGAGGCGGGCGAGCGCGGCGACUCGAUUCAACGGGAUAGACAUUUUUACCAUUACAUACUGGUGAAGGAGAUCAGGGGACUGAUGCGAGACCUGGAUGCGUCGCCGCCGAAGCAGUAUUCAUACGACGAAUGGAAGUAUUAUCUUCGUCUAAUUGGGGAGAGCGAGGAUGACCCAACUCAUCACAGAAGACCGAAAUCAAGCCAUAGCCGCAGCAGUGGUUCUCCAGAUCUGGGUACCGCAGAUGGUGGCACAGAUGACGACGCGAGCCAGGCCUGGAGUUGGCUUGGUGUACGAAGUCCGCUAAUGGGCAGUACUCCAGAAUCACAGUGGCUCCUACAAAGGCUAUCGGAAACACUGGAAAACGAGAUGCGGCUGAUGCAUUCAUCGCAUCUGAGCAAACGCCAACAGCCGCCCCCGAUAUCCACGAAUGAUUUGAAAAGCAGGACAGAAUCCUGCUCAGGAGUGGAGUCUGGAGCAAACGCAGAGAAGAGGAUUGGCGUAGCCAGCGCCAGGAAAACGCAGGAGCGUCACCGACCAGGUGUUUGA